AUGUACUUCAGAUAUCACCCGGCUCGCGUGAGUAUUCCUGAGUCCCACCGCAAGGUCUGGAUCAAUUGGGGCCCGCCACUGAUACACAACUACUCAAAAUCCAGCCCAGCAGCAAUUGGGCAGCGGGAUAUAUUGAAUCGGAUGAUCCGUGAAAUUUCUGAGCUUAUCGCCAGCCAAGUACUUGGACAGGCUCCAGCUAGCCAUUGGCACCCCGAUUCAAAGACCGGAAUCUCUGAUUUUCCGGACCUUCGUCUAUGGACAGAUUUGCGGAAGCACCAGCCAAGGACAGGAUCAAGCUUGCCUGUUGGGUCUUUUGCUGAGCAAAGUGAAUCAAGCAUCAAACUGGAAUGCCAAAGAUACUCACCUAUGUACGAGCCAUUACGACUGUCAGAUGACGAGUUGGAUGUCGAAGAUGGGGGUGUAAAAUUAUGA